UGUAUAUAUAUUAUUCUGUUUGCCUUCAACCCUGCUAAAGAAGUAGAACCAAAUCUAAAAUCAAUCAACAAUGGCCGAAACAGCUUCUUCAGCUAAAAGAUGGCUUCCUCUCGAAGCCAACCCCGAUGUUAUGAACCAGUUUCUUUGGGGCCUUGGUGUUCCUCCGGGUGAGGCAGAAUGCAAUGAUGUAUAUGGAUUUGACGAAGAACUCUUGGAAAUGGUCCCCAAGCCGGUACUUGCCGUGCUGUUUCUUUACCCCCUGACGCCGGAGAGCGAGCAAGAAAGAUUACAGCAGAACAGCAUUAAACAGGAUCCUUGUGAUGGAGUUUACUUCAUGAGACAAACGGUGGGAAAUGCAUGUGGAACGAUUGGACUUCUUCAUGCUAUAGGCAACAUCACCUCAGAGAUAAAACUUGUUGAGGGCUCAUUUCUGGAUAGGUUCUACAAAUCUACGGCAAGCAUGGAUCCAAUGGAGCGUGCUCUUUACCUUGAGAAUGAUAGAGAAAUGGAAGUCGCACAUUCAGAUGCAGUGGCUGCUGGUGAGACCGAGGCUUCCGACAAUGUGAACGAUCAUUUUAUCUGCUUUGCAUGUGUUAAUGGACAACUGUAUGAGCUUGAUGGAAGGAAAACUGCACCCGUUUCACAUGGCCCUUCUUCAUCAAGCACCUUAUUGCAGGAUGCAGCUAAAGUGAUCAAGGGGACGAUAGCCAAAAAUCCAAACUCGAUCAACUUUAAUGUGAUUGCUAUCUCGAGGACAGUCGGCACCGCUGCGUGAUCAUAUUGAUGUCGUUUUAGAUUUAGAAAUUUCGUAACCCGUCUUCUCGUAUAAUUUGCUAAACCUAGAAAGGUAAAUGAUCUCAUCAUCUUAUGGUCACAUGCUGAUUUCUGAAUAUCGACCAAAAUUUGUGUUUGUUUUUCGGUGUGAUUGCGUAGGUUUUAUCGAGUUCUGCUUAGAUUGGUUUUCAA